AAGGCCGCGAGGCUGCUGCUGUUGGAGGAGCGAGCACGCGCGCGCGCACGCGGGCAUGGACGCACGGCCGCCGCGCUGCGACUAGAGAUGUCGGCCAGCUUCGUGUCCCGCGUGCUCCUCUUCGUCUCGAUCUGCGCCGCCAAGUCUCUCCCGGAGCCGGGAGCCGUCGAGGUGCAGAUUAAGAUCCAGGUGUUCGACAACAGCGACCUGUCUCCGCUGGCGGGCGCUCAGGUGCAGGUCCACGGCAACCAGACCGUGUUGGCGUCCAGCCGGGCCGGCGGCGACGGCGUGCUGAGGGUGAGCUUCCUGUACCGCCCGGGGACCUGGGUCAUCAUCACGGCCUCCAAGCCCGACUACGUCACCAACUCGAUGCCCUGGCACUCCAGCCGCAUCCCCCUUUACGCCUCGGUGAGCCUCUACCUGCUGUUCCAGAGACCAGGAACCCUGAUCCUGUACGAUGACGUCCUGCAGGUGCUGUCGGGGUCGCCAGGAGCUCGCAACCAGCCGCUGGUGCAGCUGCAGAGGAAGUCGCUGCAGCUGGCGCCCGACGCCAACGACACGGCGCUGUCCGCCACGCUGACCACGGCCAGGACGCAGUACGAGAUCGGGGGCUUCCCCUUCCUGCUCGGCCAGGAGACCAACAGCUCGGGUGCGGAGACUGGCUGGACGGACCUGACGGCGCUGGCCGUGGUCAGCGUUCAGCUCCUGGACAAAGACGGCGCCGUGAUCCAGGUGUCCGACCCGAUCCACGUCUCCGUGCCGCUGCCGUCCGACACCCGCAACCGGAUGGCCACCAGCGUGCCGGCGUGGCUGUACCAGCCCAAGACGGGGCUUUGGGUCCGCACCGGGACGGGCUACAUCAAGAAGGAGGGCCCGCUGUUCGUGUGGAACGUGGUGGUUCCACAGAUGGGGUACUGGCUCGCCGCGUUCCCCUCGUCUUCAGGUCUGGACCUGUCCCAUCCGGGCCUGAGGGACAUCACCACCUACCACACCCUGUUCCUGCUCUCCAUCCUGGCCUCGCUGGCCCUGCUGGUGCUCAUCCUGCUGUGCGUGCUGCUCUACUACUGCAGGCGUAAGUGUCUAAAGCCUCGCCGCCAGCAGGGGAAGCCUCACGCCGGCAAUCUGAACGGCGCCAAGAGGGACCAGGGCACCUCCAUGUCACGCCUGAACCUGAUCUGCGGGGGCCACGCCGAGUCCGGCCCCUCCAACGACAAGUCGGACAUGUCCCCGUCCCGAGACUACCGGAGCUCCCGGGAGGACCUGACCAAGCACGUCCCGGCUCACAUGCUGCGGCACGCCAAGGGGAAGACGGCGUCGGGGCCCCAGCGCGGCGAGAGCUUCCCCAUGAAGGUGACCCGAGCCACGGAGACCAACAACCUGGACAACCCUCUGCUGCACGAGGACUACAAGGAGUCCGAGUACCACCGGCACCACAGCGCCAACGACAACCGCGGCUACGCCUCGGACCCCCCGUCCCCGCCGCGCUUCCAGGGCUACGUGCCGAGCCAGGGGGACAAGCCGCCCGAGUACUCGGCGGCGGCCGCGGACGGCCUGGCCAGGCCCACCUCCCUGAACACCCAAGCGGGCCAGAUCAUCUUCUGCAGCUCCAUCGACCAGAUGAAGGAGAACAUGUACCGCAGCAUGGUGCCCACGCUGGUCAUCCCGGCCCACUACAUGCGCAUGCCCUCCGAGUUCUCCAAAGACGGCAAGGACCAGAAGGACCAGGACAAAGACGGAGCGCCGAUGGGAGGCGGCCAGCACCACCACCACCAAGGGGACGGCUCUGAGGAUCCCAGCUGGGCGUCCGACUCCUCCGGCGGCCCCAUGACCAUCCCGGUGCUCUUCAACGACUCCACCAUGGCGCAGAUGAACGGCGAGCUGCAGGCCCUGACGGAGAAGAAGCUGAAGGAGCUGGGCGUCAAGCAGCACCCGCGGGCGUGGUUCAUCUCCCUGGACGGACACAACGCUCACGUGCGCCACUCCUACAUCGACGCCGGGAACGACCUCUUAGGAGGCCCCAGCAGCGCCGGCCGAGACGUGAACCUGGAGGCCCAGGAACGCAUGUCGGGAAUGAACCGGAAGGGGAAAGACGAGCGCUGGGGGCCGGGCGGGCGGAAGGGGCUCGGCGGUGGCGUCGGCGGCGGGAAGUGCUACUCCAAGCUGGCGUACCCCGACCACAGCGAGCCCGGCGGCGGCGAGGGGCGCCCCGUCUCCCCCGAGGAGAACUCCCUCACCCCUCUCCUGGACGAGGGUCCCUCCUCCCGAGGGUCCACCGUCACCCGGAGAGGACGCAACAGCAGCCGCAGCAGCAACGGCGGCGACUCGGUGACGAGCCCCGACGACGACCUCGACGACGACCCCGACGACAAAGACGAGAACAAGAAGAGCCCGUGGCAGAAGAUCGAGGACCGGCCGCUCAUGGUCUUCCACCCCAGGAAGUGAGCGGUCUGGAGCCCCCCCCCCCCCCUCCACGGGGCCAGGAAAAAACACUUGUUACCGAUCUUUCCCGCGGACGGAGAUCACGAUAAGCACAACUUCACCGGUCCGGCUCCACGGUGCUUUCUGAUUCCUCUCGUGGUCUUGGUGUCUCGCCGCUCGCCCUCGUAUCCGGUUGAUCGUGACCUCCGUCACCUCCGUCUGAGACAUUGUGUACACUGACUGUGGAAAUAGCCAUUUUAUAGAGCAACAUAUAAGAAAGAAGCACUUGCUGAUAAUGUUAUCGUUGAUUGAUACCAAGCAUUUGGAAGUGGUGACCUUUUUUCUUUUUAAAGGGGUUGAUAAGUGAUGUAGAUUUCCUUCCCCGGACCUAAAACUCGGAGACGAUAGAAGACGAUAGACGAUGCUAGAAGACAGUAGAAGAAGGUAGAAGACAAUAGAAGAGGGUUGAAGACAGUUGAAGAGGGUUGAAGACAGUUGAAGAUACUAGAAGACGCUAGAAGAUGAUGGAGGACGAUAGAAGACAUAGAAGAAGGUAGAUGACGCUAGAAGACGCUAGAAAACGAUGGAGGACGCUAGAAGACGCUAGAAGACGAUAGAAGACGGUAGAAGACGAUAGAAGACGUAGAAGACGAUAGAAGACGAUAGAAGACUUGUGCCAGCAUUUCCUUGAUUACUUUUCUUUUCGAGGAAAUGGCGUCCCCGAGCCUCGUCUCCGUAAAUAUUUUCCUCCGUCAACGAUUUAGCUUUAAAACGGUUGUUUUGGUCGACGUUGAGAUUUUCUGUCUUGUAAAUAGACUUUUUGGGGGGAUUUAGAAAAUGCAUGCAUAUGAAUGUAUGAAAUAACCAGAAGCCCCCCCCCCCCCCAGUGCUCCUGCGUAGAAGACCCCCUUCAAUUGCCAAGAAAACGUGGGAAAGCUAAAAGACCACUUCACUUGAAGACUUCCUGAGAUCCCGCGGGCCACUUCUCUCCUGUAAGUGCCUUCUUUCACCUGGACGGAGGGAUCCACAGGCAGGUCCCAGGCACUAAUAAGCACAAACAACAACAACAACAACAACAAUGUGUCUCUGGGGAGCAUGUCUGCCAAAAAAUAUUUGAAAAACGAACUUCUUUCUCGCGGCUGUGACGUCCUUUAAUAUCUAUGUUUUAUUGAACCUUUCCUCUUUUUCACUGAAACUUGUAAAUUAGUUCAACCAACUGACCGAGAUUUUACGGUGUAAACGACGUGCAUGUGGCGUGUAGAGCAGUAGAGUAGGUGUUUCUAGUGGUGUUUUCUCCUCUUUUUUUAUUAUCGAUCGAAGAUGUUUGGCAGAAAUAAAACACCAAAAAAAAGUGAUGCGUUGCCAAACUAAAUUGUUCCAAGAUGACACCUCAAUCCAGCUCAUAGAAAUUCACUUCCAGUCGUAAAUGUUUACAGCGACUCCUCACUGACCAACAAGCUCCUCCCACUGGUUCCAAGCAUCACCAACAAGCUCCUCCCACUAAUUCCCAGCAUCACAAAUAAGCUCCUCCCUCUUGUUCCCAGCAUCACCAACAAGCUCCUCCCACUUUACCCAGCAUCAGCAACAAGCUCCUCUCACUGGUUCCUAGCACCACCAACAAGCUCCUCCCACUGGUUCCUAGCACCACCAACAAGCUCCUCCCACUGGUUCCCAGCAUCACCAACAAGCACCUCCCACUGGUUCCCAGCAUCACCAACAAGCUCCUCCCACUGGUUCCCAGCAUCACCAACAAGCACCUCCCACUGGUUCCUAGCACCACCAACAAGCUCCUCCCACUGGUUCCCAGCAUCACCAACAAGCACCUCCCACUGGUUCCCAGCAUCACCAACAAGCUCCUCCCACUGGUUCCCAGCAUCACCAACAAGCUCCUCCCACUGGUUCCCAGCAUCACCAACAAGCUCCUCCCACUGGUUCCCAGCUGCUCGUUGGUCUGACGUCUGGAGAACUGGUUCCUACUGAAAUGCUGUAAAUGUUUUGUCCAGUUUUUAUUGUCGUUGUCAUUGAGUCGUGCGGUCGUGGCGUUCCCUGUCUGAAGCCGCUUCGUGGACUUAAUGCAGCGCAGAGGAACCACUGGACCGCGUUUCGGGAGCCAGAGGCCGUCGUCGUUUUGCUCAUGGGCUCGGUCAGCUGUUCGUAAACUGUAAAUUGAUUCUUUCUGUACGUCAGAUGAAAUAUAUAAAUAAAUGUGUUCCCACGGGUCA